GCAGUGAUCUCGGUGUGACAGCUCAGAGCUGUCCACGUCAACACACCGAGCGGCGGCGGCGGCAGCAGCGAUGGACUCCACGUCUCUGGAACCUUCCCUCUACACCGUAAAGGCUGUUUUUAUUCUCGACAAUGACGGAAACAGGCUUCUGUCGAAGUACUACGACCCGGAGCUCUACCCGUCCAUGAAGGAGCAGAAGAACUUUGAGAGGAACGUCUUCAACAAGACGCACAAAGCCGACAAUGAGAUCGCCUUCCUGGAGGGGAUGACCAUCGUGUAUAAGAGCAGCAUAGAUCUCUUCUUCUACGUGGUGGGAAGCGCUCAGGAGAACGAGCUGAUGCUGAUGUCGGUCCUCAACUGUAUGUUUGAGUCCCUCAGUCACAUCCUCAGGAAAAACGUGGAGCGCAGAUGUUUGCUGGACAACAUGGAGGGCGUGUUCCUGGUGGUGGAUGAAAUCAUCGACGGAGGGGUGAUCCUGGAGAGCGACCCUCAGCAGGUUCUACAGAAGGUCAACUACAGGGCGGAUGAGAACCCGCUGACCGAGCAGAGCGUGGCCCAGCACCUAACAGAGAAACUGGCUCUGACCACUAACGUCCUGCAGUCGGCCAAGGAGCAGAUCAAAUGGUCCAUCCUGAAAUGAUUGUCCAGGAAACUCUAGACACCCUGUCAAGCCCAAACUGAUUUGUUUUAUAGGCCAAACUAAAGGGAAGUUCUUUACUUACUGUCUGUUUGCCAACAGGCUGCUUUAGCAGUGAUUAACCGGCCAGUUACAGGAGGUUUUAUUUUAGGUUUUCUAUGUGUGGUGAUGACAUUUUGUUGUUUUGUGUGUGAAGUGUGUUUAAUUUAUUUAAUUUAGGAGUGACGCUCGCCUGCACACAUUUAGCAGGUCAGAUGACACCCAGGGCUUUAACGUACAGGCCCGGCCAUCACCCAGCACCGGACCUACCAGUACCAGUACCAGAAAUCUGAUUAGUGGUCUAGAGGAGAGGAUUGUCCACUCGUAAUCAUAUGACGGUACCAUUUAUCUGAGUUGUUCUGCAGAUUUGUGACCUACAUAUAUGCAGAUUAUUAGCAUUUAUUUGUCCCUUUAAAUAUGUUACAUAUCCAGAUAAUUUAAAAUCAUCUUGUUACAGCAUUUACAGACACACACGGUUAUUUCCUGGAUCUGUUGUUAUUGGUGAAUCGGUUCACAUUCAGACCAAUAAGAGAGAAACUCCGGCACCAGCGUCCCAUAAAGUGAUUUAAAUCUCAUCACUAACGAGCUCGGUGCUAAAUUCAAACUGACAUCAUUAGUGCACUAAAGUUUAAUUAAGAAUAAAAGGUUGUGUUGUUCUGACUGUGCCCUCAGAUCACAGCAACGUGUUCUGUAAAGUUUAUCUAAAGACUGUAGAGGAAUGUAAAGACGCUUUAUGACACUAAGCAGAGAGUGUAGGAUGCAUCAUGUUACUGCUGCACUCAGCUGAAGCCUCUCGUUUAGACGUUUAAAUGAAUAUCUGUACAUAGAAAUGAACUGUAGAGUUAAAACAAAAAGAGCUGCACCACAAUGUGUGGCCAGGGUUACAAAGAAUAAUAAUAACGUCUAUUUUACUGUUACGAGGAGAAUUAGAGAUGUUCAUAGAUAUUAAAUAUUUUCUUAGUUUAUAAAGAGAAUUAAAAAAUAAAAAAGCCAAAGACAAACGAAUUAUUUUGUUUACAUUUGGAUGCUGCUGAAGCAAAUCGGUAUUUUGUGUCUGCUUUUGUGAGGCUGAUAAUAAAACUGUACAUUUGUUCUGGUUUUAAAA